CUGUUCGCGCCUACAAGACCCGUGACUCUCCUUCUCCGCCGCCGAGCUCGCCGUUCCCCUCCGUGGCUUCCGCUGGGCCUCCCGGGCUCGGGGCGCAGCGUUCCGUCGGGUGGGUUGUUUCCUGCUUGGGCUCAAGAGGCAGCAGCCAGAGCGGCGCGGGGAGGAGCUUCGCGCGCAAGGGUGAACGCCCGCUCUACGUGCUCGUUCGCCUUGCGACCGCUGCGCGCGAGUCCGGUGUCCCCGCGGCGGGCAGCAGAGGCGGCGUCGGUGGAUCGCGGAGGGGGCGGAGGGAGUCCGCGGCGGCGGCGGCUGCAGCAGCGAAAUGGCGGAGACCGUGGCGGACACCCGGCGGCUGAUCACCAAGCCGCAGAACCUGAAUGACGCUUACGGGCCUCCCAGCAACUUCCUCGAGAUCGAUGUGAGCAAUCCGCAGACAGUGGGGGUCGGCCGGGGCCGCUUUACCACCUACGAAAUCAGGGUCAAGACAAAUCUGCCUAUUUUCAAGCUGAAGGAAUCUACCGUUAGAAGAAGAUACAGUGACUUUGAAUGGCUGCGAAGUGAAUUAGAAAGAGAGAGCAAGGUUGUAGUUCCCCCACUCCCUGGGAAAGCAUUUUUGCGUCAACUUCCUUUUAGAGGAGAUGAUGGAAUAUUUGAUGACAAUUUUAUUGAAGAAAGGAAGCAAGGGCUGGAGCAGUUUAUAAACAAGGUCGCUGGUCAUCCUCUGGCACAGAAUGAACGUUGUCUUCACAUGUUUUUACAGGAUGAAAUAAUAGAUAAAAGCUAUACUCCAUCUAAAAUAAGACAUGCCUGAAAUUGGAAGAAGGGGCAAAAAAAACUUUCCAUGACUAUUAAUGAUUCAUAUGCACCAGUGAAGAAGUUCUAACUUUAGCAUGCUGCACAAAAACUGGUAUAACAUGCCUUCAGUAUACUAACACUCAUAUGCUCAGUUUGUUUUGUUUUGUUUUGGCAGUUGACGAGAAGUUAAUUUGCUUUAGUGAAAAAUCCCUCAUUCCAGCCUUUCUAUAUAAAUAGCUCUUCCUUGCUGUUUUAAUGUGGUUCACGCUGUAGCUUCACAAGCCUAUUACUCCAGUAUAAUCUGCAGUGUCCUAACUAAAGUUACUGACUUGGUCUUACCUACAGUUUUUGUGUCAUGUUUGCUUUUUGAAUCUGAUUAACUAGAAUAUCUCUCUUAUCCCCUUUUUAAUAUGUGGUAUCACUUGACCUAAUUUAUGUGUGGAAGCACUACGCAUUGGUUUCCUGUACCCUACGUGUAAGAGACACAUUUGAGUGCAGAAAGUAUCUCCCUUCAGGCUUGUAAUACCCUUCACAUGGAAGAUCAAUGAGGGAAAUCUUUAUAUUCUGUAUAAAAACAAAAUCAAAUUUAUAUACUAAAAUCAUUUGUCUAAAAAUUUAAGUUGUUUUCAAAUAAAAAUAAAAAUGCAUUUCUGAUAUGCA